AUGGCAGACACAACGGGUCGUGGUGUGGUGCUGUGGCUGCUGGUGGGACUGCUGGCAGCGGUCGCCGCCCGGGAGAUAGUCCGCCGCGAUGUGGCGGUGGAGAAGGUAGACCUGGAGGCGGCGGCCACCCACCACGGCGGCCACUGGGAGCACGGCGGCGGCCACCACCACCACGACGGCCACCACGACCACCACGGCCACCACGACCACAAGGGCCACAAGGGCCACCACCACCACGAGCACGGCGACCACGGCCACCACGACAAGGAGCACCACCACGGCCACUACGGCGAGGACGGCGGCCACAAGAAGCACCACCACCACGACGACCACCACUACCACGAGCACCACCACGGCGAGAAGGGCGAGAAGGGCCACUCUCACGGUGAGAAGGGCCACUACGACAAGGGCCACCACACCAAGGGCAAGCACGAGAUCCACAAGUUGGACGAGUACAAGAAGCACAAGGACUUCUGGGACGAGCACCACGACGAAGGACACCACGGCAAGAAGGGCCACCACCACCACGAACACGGGCACCACGAGGGCGGCCACCACAAGGGCGGACACCACCACCACGGCCACCACGACCACCACCACGGGCACAAGGGCCACCACCACAAGGGGCACCACCACCACGACCACAAGGGUCACCACGGCCACCACGGCCACGACCACCACCACGACCACCACGAGGACCACGGCGGCAAGCACGGCCACGAAGAGCACCACCACCACCACCACAAGAAGGGCCACCACCACCACGGCAAGCACUGA